GCUUCUUAUGCAUUUCUCAAUGAACACCUUUCAGCAACAAACAAAAAUACCUAAAGAAUUCAUUUACCCAAAGGAAGAUCAAAUACAAGCAGAAGAAGAGCUAACUGAGCCAGUAAUAGAUCUAGGGGGUUUCUUUAUAGGUAAUAAUUCAGUGGCAACACAACAACAUGUGGCCAUGCUUGUUAAAGCAGCUUGCUUGAACCAUGGAUUUUUUCAAGUUAUAAACCAUGGAGUUGAUUCUCAACUAAUUAACAUGGCUCAUUCUCAUGUCAAUUCUUUCUUUAAGCUUCCCUUAGGAGUAAAAUUAAAGGCUCGGAAAGAACGUGGAAAUUUGUGGGGUUAUUCCAGUGCCCAUGCAGAGAGAUUUUGUUCAAAGUUGCCAUGGAAGGAAACCUUAUCCUUCAAUUUUCAUGAAAACAACAAUCAGAGUGGUAUUGUUGUUGAUUUCUUUGAAUCCGCCUAUGGAAAAGAAUUUGAAGAAAUGGGAUUGGUGUUUGAGAGAUACUGCAAGGCAAUGAAGAGGGUAGGACUUGUAAUAAUGGAGAUACUAGGAAUGAGCCUAGGGGUAGAAAAAUCGUACUACAAAGAGUUUUUCAGAGAUACAAGUUCCAUCAUGAGAUGUAAUUAUUAUCCAACUUGUCAAGACCCUGAUUUAGCCCUUGGAACUGCACCUCACUCUGAUCCUAACUCUUUGACAAUACUUCAUCAAGACCAAGUUGGAGGCUUGGAGGUUUUUGUGGAUAGCAAAUGGAAGUCAGUGCGACCUAGGCCUGAUGCACUUGUCAUCAACAUCGGGGACACAUUUACGGCACUGUCAAAUGGGAUAUACAAAAGUUGCGUGCACAGAGCAAUAGUAAACAGACAACAUGAGAGAAUAUCGUUGGCGUUUUUCUUGAGCCCAAAGGAAGACAAAGUGAUAAUACCCCCACAGCAUCUUAUCUCCAGAAACCAGCCAAGAAUGUACCCAGACUUCACAUGGUUUGAUUUCCUCAAUUUCACUCAGAACCACUACAGAGCUGAUCAUGCUACCCUCCAAAACUUUACUCUUUCCUUCCUUUCUUCCAAACCGAUCGACAUAGCAAAAAACAAAACAUAAACUAGUUUUUGGCCGAUUCUUUGUAUGCAAGUAGAAAAUAUAUGAAACAUGAUGUGAUUCAUAAAACCGAAACCAACUUAUUCGGCAUAUCUGUCGUAUAUUGUAAUUUUUGUCAUAUUUAUCGCAUAGUGUUGGAUU